GCAGCAGGAGGAGGAAGAGGAGGAGGAGGAGGAGCAGACGGCGGGACUGUGGGUCUGAGAGGAGGCGCCAGAGGAGGCGGAGGAGGAGGCGUGCAGCAGAGCAGCAGCAGCAGCCGUAGAGUCAGUCGGCAGUGGCAGGAGGCCAACCAGGAGCAGAAGGAGAAUCUGCAGCUCCUGCACCUGCACAAGGAGGGCGACCAGGACUCUCCCACCGCCGCCGCUCCCCGAGGCCUCCUGAAGCGCUGUGUGGACACCAGGGAGCGCGGUGAAGAGGAGCUGCGACUGAGGGAGGCGCAGCAGCUCGACUUCCGCCUGCUUCUGGGACGGCGAGUUUUCAACUCUAAAAACAAUUAGGAAGAGGAGCCGAGGGAGGACGGCGUCGCCGCCGCAGAGCACCUCCACCACAAGAUGGAUUUUAAGGCCAACCUCAAGGGCGUCAAAGCCAAGGUGGAGGAGGACCGCAAGGGGAACUCCUCACAGCAGGUCGACUUCCGCGCCGUGUUGGGGAAGAAGGGCGCUGCCGGCAGCAAACCUGCAGAGGCGCCCGGGAAGAACGCCGCCGACUUCCGCUCCCUGCUCACCAACAAGAAGACGAGCCCCGAGAAGAACGGGGAGAGCGUGAAGGCGGCGGUGAACAACUGCGUGGACGGAGGGAUUAAAGAGAAGAAGAGCGGCACAGGAGGAGGAGGGAAGGCGCCGGACUUCGUGGAGAAGCUGAGCGACGUGACGGUGCUGGACGGGCAGCGGCUCCGGCUGCAGUGCCGCCUCGCCGCCUCGGAUCCCGCAGACGCCGCCGUCACCUGGACGCUGGACAGGAAGAACAUCAAACCGUCCAAGUUCAUCGUCCUCGCCAACGAAGGCGGCCUGUGCUCUCUGACUAUCGGGAAAGCUCUUCCUGAGGAUGAAGGACAAUAUAAAUGCAGAGCAGAGAACUCUGCAGGCAAAGCUGAGUGCUGCUGUAUGGUUCUCGUAGACGAUCCGGCAGAAAACUCUCUGGCUGACAAAAAGUCCAAGAAGGCGACUCCGACCUCAGAGAGUGAAGCCAGAAUAAAGAAACCGACCGCCAAGACUCCUCCCAAACAAGCUCUGCCUCCUCAGAUCCUGCAGUUCCCGGAGGACAUGAAGAUCCUGGCGGGGGAGAAAGUGGAGAUCCUCUGCAAGUUCUCUGGAGCUCCACCGAUCACCUGCACCUGGCUGAAGUUCAGGAAACCAAUCCAGGAGGCCUCUGCAGAUAUCUCCAUAGAGAGCAGUGACAGCAGCAGUAAGCUGACCAUCAGCAGUGGGCAGCAGGAGCACUGCGGCUGCUACACCAUCGAGCUGAGGAACAGCUUCAGCCUCCGACAGGCCGCCCUCAACCUCACCAUCGUCGAUAAACCCGACCCCCCAGCACGGGUCCCUGCAGCCUCAGACAUCCGGAGGUCCAGUCUGACUCUGUCAUGGUACGGGCCGACGUACGACGGAGGCAGCGCCGUGCAGUCCUACAACCUGGAGAUCUGGGACUCCUUGAAGCCGCAUUGGAAACUCCUGGUGUCCUGCAACAGCACCUCCUACAACGUACAGGACCUUCUUCCAGAGCGUCAGUAUAAGUUUCGUGUCCGGGCGGAGAACAUCUACGGAGUCGGAGAGCCUAGUGCCGAAUCUGCACCCGUCACUGUUGGCCUGGUGGAUGAUGAUGAAGGGGCCGAGGUCGAGGAGGAAGACGAAGACUCGGAGAAGGAGCCGGACUACAGAGACGUGUCCAUCCGAACAGACGUGAAGGUGAAGGAGCUGUACGACGUGGAGGAGAGGCUGGGAACGGGUAAGUUCGGUCAGGUCUUCAAACUGGUGGAGAAAGCGACAAAAAAGGUUUGGGCAGGGAAGUUCAUCAAGGCAUACUCGGCGAAGGAGAAGGACAACGUGCGGCAUGAGAUCGGCAUCAUGAACAGCCUCCAUCACCCCAAACUGGUGCAGUGUAUCGACGCCUUCGAGGGGAAGUCUGACAUUGUGAUGGUGCUCGAGAUGAUCUCAGGAGGCGAGUUGUUUGAGCGGAUCAUCGACGAGGACUUUGAGCUGACGGAGAGGGAGGUGAUUAAAUACAUGCUGCAGAUCAUCGACGGGGUCAACUUCAUCCACAAACAGGGCAUCGUCCACCUCGACCUCAAACCCGAGAACAUCAUGUGUGUCGGCAAGACCGGCAGCAAGAUCAAACUCAUCGACUUCGGCCUCGCCAGGCGACUAGAAAGCGCAGGAACUCUGAAGGUUUUGUUUGGGACUCCAGAGUUCGUGGCUCCUGAAGUGAUCAACUAUGAAGCCAUCAGUUAUCCCACUGACAUGUGGAGUAUAGGGGUCAUCUGUUAUAUACUGCUGAGCGGUCUGUCUCCCUUUAUGGGCGACAACGACAACGAGACUCUGUCCAACGUCACCUCGGCCUCCUGGGACUUUGAGGACGAGGCCUUCGACGAAAUCUCAGAAGACGCCAAAGACUUCAUCACCAAUCUGCUGAAGAAAGACAUGAAGGCUCGGCUCACCUGUGCUCUGUGUUAUGAACACACCUGGCUGAAGCAGGACACCAACACCAUGACGGCCAAGAAGCUCUCCAAGGAGAGGAUGAAGAAGUACAUCCUGAGGAGGAAAUGGCAGAAAACGGGACACGCUGUCCGAGCCAUCGGCAGACUGUCGUCCAUGGCCAUGAUGGCCGGAGUCAGCGCCAAGAAGGGCUCGCCCUCCGAAGAGGAUAACCAGUUCCUGGAGUGUUUAGAGUACGAGCAGAAGACGGAGUGUAAGCCGACUUUCAGCUCGGUCAUCAAAGACGUGGAGGUGGUGGAGGGCAGCGCCGCUCGCUUCGACUGCAAGAUCGAAGGUUACCCUGACCCAGAGGUGGUGUGGUACAAAGACGAACAGCCGAUCAAAGAGACCCGACACUUCCAGAUCGACUACGACGAAGAAGGAAACUGUAGUCUGGUCAUUUCAGAGGUGUCAGGUGACGACGACGCCAAGUACUUGGUGAAGGCGGUCAACAGUCUGGGGGAGGCGACCUGCACCGCCGAGCUGCUGGUGGAGGUGAUGGCCGGAGAGGAAGAAGAAGAGGAGGAGGAAGAAGAGGAAUAAAGCAGUGUUGGUCUGGACUCCCACAGGAAGAGGAGGAGAUGCUGUUCCUCUUCAGCCUGUCAGACCUGAGCAGGAAAAACUUUCCCACAAAUACCAGAUUAUGAUUGGAGGAGCAGGUGGGCGGGGUUUGUCAUGAGCGUGUAACGCCGCCAGAAGAAACUCCAGACUCCAACCCUGUCCCUCCAAAAAUAUGAUUUUCUUUAUUCAAUUUUACUUAAUUUAAUCUCCUGUAGUGGUUUUACCUGUACCAUGCUGAGUGCUAAACCCCGCCCACCAGACUCCUGGAGAACAUAAGCCCCGCCCCUCUCAGGUUAGCCUCUGUUCAUUGGUGGGUUUCCUCUCACAGUUUAUUUCAUUGCUGUUUCUUAAAGACGUAUAAUUGAAACAGGAUACUGGAGUUUUCUGUCCAUUCUUAGAUCAUUUUCAGCGCAGGUCAUAUGUCUAAUGUUAAUGAAAGUGAAAAAUAAUCCGCCCGUGCAUUAACCAGGCCUUAAACAGCGGUAAAAUGUCAAAGAGUUGUGGGAGCUGUAGUUGUUGAAAGCUAACAAAAUAACUUCUUAUAUCUGAUAAAGUUAUCUGAGAAUAUGGAAUGGAUAAGGAAAUCCCAGUAUCAUGUUUCAGAUCUAUACAAAACCCUUGAGGAAAUACAUUGAUGAAGAGUUGUUGGUUGAACAUGCUAGCCCUGAAUGACAAGCUAAUGCUAACAAAAUGUGAAAGUAUUUUAAUAAAUAACAUUUAGCUAUAGCUCCCAGGGCCCCUUCAUCAAAGACUCAUGGGAGCUGUAGUUGUUUGUUGCUUUAGCUCUUCUUAUAACCAAACCAUGAACAAUAAUGUACUGUAUGUGAACCAGACCUGCUCCCGGUGGGAGUCCAGGUGAGGAAGAAGACGGUACUGUACAAAGGAAACAUGAUGGAAGCAGCUUUAUAUUCACAGAGUUAGGUCAGCUAACACUAACGUGGCUCACUGUGAUAAGAAGCUCCAGUGACUCCAAACAACAAGGCAAAAGACAUCCAAGUAGUUCAUCGUGUUAGCACGGUGUGGUGAAGACAAAAGAGAUUCAAAUUACAUUCAUCGCUUUAAGAUUAUUCAGAUUUUACUGAUAAACGGAUCAUCCUGAGAGGAAUAUGGCUGGGUAUUAAACAUUACAAAAACUGACAUCAGAUAGACGACUAACUAGUGUUUGUUAGCUAACGCCACCAUUAUUCAUUUGAACUUAAUAGCAACUAAACAUUAGCUAAUGAUCAGCAGAGACCACAGCUGUGAACAUUUAAUCAGAAUAUAUCAGUUGUUAGAUAUUACCAACUAACUAAUGCUGGAUAACUAACAUCCCCCUGACCUAUGUUAGCUCACAAGCUAAUGAAUAUUAGCAGCAGAGGUCUGAGCUGUGAAGAGUGAAUUAAAACUUUGAAGAGAGAAGAGUGAAGAGACUUUCUGUAAACUUAAAUUAAUUGAAAACUAAAAAUGGAUAAAUCAGCCAUCAAAAUAAUCAUUAGCUGCAGCAUUAAAGCUAACUUCAAUUUAGCUUGUGUGAGGAGUGAAUUUGAACAGUUUGGAAAGAUGACUAAGCAAAAUAAAUUGUUAGCUUGGUAGCUAACGUAGCACAGCCUGUUUUGUUUUCCUUUUCUUUCUCCCUGAAAUUAUGUCAUUUUAUUUAUUAGCUGUAUUUUCGUUAAGUGUUGUCAGUUUUUAUUCUUCGACAAUCUGAAGCAGUUGAAGUAAUAGUUUGCUACACAAGAACAACAUGUAGUGAUGAACUUAACUUCGCCACACAGGGUUUCUGGGAAAUGGAGUCUUCUAAAUUCAAACAGUUUCGUGUCGGUGCCACUCUGAGCUGCUAAAACGAAGUGCCUUAAUUCUAAUGACCCAACUCUGUGAAUAUUAGGCACAGGGUGAGAACCAUGAAGGUGACCGUGAUGGUAAAUUAUAUAACAAUAACUCGUUCUUUUAGUCUAUAAUCUAGCUGCUCCCCCUUUGCAACCGAGAAAUGUUGAGCACGUCAGUUUGUUUCUUUGAGCACUUUUCUUGUCCUGUUUGUAUUUUUGACUUCGACAGCAGCUAACUUCACCUCUGCCUUAAACGUUGUUCGCCUUAAAGCAACACGGUGACACUUUUAAUGACCGUCUGGGUGAGUUUAAACUUUUCUACCACACAUUUGUCGUGUUGUGGGACAAAAUGAGUCAUUUUCAUUUUGGCUGCCUUGAAAACACGUUUGUUACCCCAAAAAUUCCCGGAAUGUUCUUUUCUCUCACUGAAUUUCUAAACUUAAUGUCGUCCACAGUUACGUUUGAAACAUCAAUAGUGACCUGGGAGGACAUUUUGACGUUAUGGCAAAACUUCAGUUUAUGAAAAUCAAUAAUUCGUACGGCGGAGUGUUGCAUUCACCACAGAAAACACACAAGUAUAGAAGUACAAGUAUAAUUUAUGUAUCUUGUAAUCUAAUUCUCAUCCAUAUCUCAUAAUUAGAUUUAAUUGCGCAACUAUGAGCUAAGAUCCUGUGAUUGUGAGAUAGCUUAAGUUUAAAUGUAUUAAAAUUACAAGAUUGCAAGAUAUAGAUCUGGUCAUUUCAUGGAUAUCACAAGAUGCUUUGAUCAAAUAAAUCUCUUAUAUUUACGAUAAGGCACAACAAAAUGAAGUUUUAAGGGAACUCUUCUGAUUUGGCUCAAAGAGAAAAUUGCCUCCAUCAAGUUUUGUGAAAAGUUGAAAGUGAUUUAAAGUGUCUGGAGAGUGAACACGUUUGUGAAGUCAUAUCUUUAAACUUUGUUUUGCCACAUUCCAGCUGUUUGUUUGUGCUUUAAAACAUUUAUUUAAAGGUUUUCAGUGCUGAUUCAACCAAAAACCAAAGAAACUUCUUUAAGAAUUCACAGGUGUGUGUUUGUGUGUGAUCCAUCUAAUGUUUAAAACUUACCUGGCCUGUUUGUGUGUUUGGUGGUUGUUUGUUUUUAAGAAUGUUUUUAUUUUUAGACUUAUUUAAUGCACAGAUUCAUAAUUCUAAUAUUAGUAUUUGAGCAUCCGUCUUCCUGGAGAUCUUGUCUCCACCACUUAAUUUGUCACCGUUUUUACAACUAAAGCGAGCAGUGGACUCACGAGACCGGUUUGUUUUUGUAUUAGAUGUAUGUAGAUUAUAUUUCUCUAAUUUUUAUAAAUAUAUAACAGUUUGAUGAACUGCAGAUGACAUGUAUGAGAACACUACGACUGUAGUUCCUCACAGAAACCAAAUAAAUCUAUCACAAAACCAAA